AUGAAGGCGAAUAAUCGUAAAAAGAAGAGCACGAAAGUAUCAACUAGAGUUACUCAAGCUACUCUUACAAGAACUCUCAAGUCUCAGCGUGGAGAUGAUCAGAAACGUAUGAAGGCUUGGAAAACAGAUAUGCAACUGAAAGAGGGAACUAAGAGCAAGGAAGAGACAGAUUUUUGGGAGAAACAAAAGCAAUUCCAACGACUACAGAAAACUCCAAACUCAUCUUCAAAAAAGAAGUCACAGAGGAAAACAAGGAAGCAGAGAGAAGAAGAAAAGGUAUCAAUCCAAAGCUCUCCAGAUUUCAAUACCCUUGCUAGAGAUAGUGAAGCCAACAUUAACCAGGUUAUCCAAGAUGCAGUUCAAGCUACAGGUUUAGAUGAGGAUCAGGAAGAAUUCGAAUAUGAGUAUGUCCUUGUAUCCAGUAAACCUCAACACAAAAUUAAAGGUUUCACUAUGGGAGAGAAAACUAAGAACACUAAGACAGAAGAUGCCCCAGGUCCAGGAAAUUACGAGCUCAAAAGUAGAGCUGUUGAAGGCCCAGAAUACACUAUCAAGCAGAAAUAUCCUGUGAAAUAUGAAUCCACUCCUGGACCAGGAGACUAUGAAAAGCCGGAAGAGACGAGACAUGGAUACACAAUCGGUCAGAAAUUUUCAGAGCACCAGACUGAGGAGAUGCCAGGGCCAGGCAACUACGAAAGAGAAUCAAAGAUUAUUGAAGGCCCACAAUAUUCCAUGUAUGAAAGAAGAGAAUAUAAAGCUGAGAAGACACCAGGUCCUGGCGACUACGAAUCAAAAGAGUUAGGCUCUAAAGGAGUAACUAUUGGAACAAAAUUAAAAGAGAGAGGUAUUGAAGAAAUGCCAGGCCCAGGUAAUUACGAAGACAGAUCUCAUAUCCAAGAUGGGCCCCAAUAUUCAAUGUACCAAAGAAGAGAUCAAAAGGUAGAGCAGACUCCUGGACCAGGUGACUAUGAAGACAUAAAAACAAAAGGAAAAUCAGUAACAAUGGGCCAAAAAUUCGCCACAAAAGCGCCUGAGGAUAUACCUGGACCUGGAAAUUAUGAAGAUAAGUCACAUAUCCUAGAUGGUCCUCAAUACUCAAUGUAUCAGAAAAGAGAACAGAGAAUAGAGCAGACUCCUGGGCCUGGUGAUUACGAAAACCUUCAAAAGAAGGAGAAAGGAGUUACCAUUGGGCAAAAAUUUAAAGAAAAAGGAAUUGAAGAAAUGCCUGGGCCAGGAAACUAUGAAGGCAAGUCUCACAUUCAAGAGGGGCCUCAAUACUCAAUGUAUGAAAGAAGAGAUCAGAAAAUAGACCAAACUCCUGGUCCAGGAGAUUAUGAAGAAUCUAUACAUAAGGGAAAAGGAGUCACCAUCAGCCAAAAGUUCAAACAAAGAGAGAUAGAAGAUAUGCCUGGACCUGGUAAUUAUGAGGAAAGAUCUCGGAUUCAGGAGGGACCACAAUAUUCUAUGUACUCAAAAAGAGAGCAAAAGAUUGAGCAUACACCUGGACCAGGGGAUUAUGAAGAUAUCAAAACUAAAGGAAAAUCAAUUACAAUGAGUCAGAAAUUUGCAACAAAAGAAAUAGAAGAUAUGCCCGGGCCUGGUAAUUACGAGGGGAAAUCACAUAUCCAGGAAGGACCUCAAUAUUCAAUGUAUCAAAAGAGAGAACAGAGAGUUGAACAAACACCAGGUCCUGGAGAUUAUUAUGAACCAGAACACAAAACACAAGGAGUGACUAUAGGAGCUAAAUUUAAAGCUAGAGAUCCAGAAGAUGUUCCAGGCCCUGGCAACUAUGAAGGAAUCUCCCACAUUCAAGAUGGACCCCAGUACUCAAUGACUCAAAAGAGAGAAGUCAGAAUAGAACAAAUGCCAGGACCUGGAGACUAUGAGUAUGCUCAAAAAGAAGAGAAGGGAGUUACAAUUGGAAAGAAAUUCAAGCAAAGAGAUCCAGAAGAUAUGCCCGGACCAGGAAAUUAUGAGGGAAAGUCUCAUAUUCAAGAUGGGCCAAAAUACUCUAUGUAUCAGAAAAGAGACACUAAAAUCUAUCAAACCCCUGGACCAGGAGACUAUGAAGAAACUGCUCAAGCUCAAAAAGGAGUAACAAUUGGACAAAGAUUGAAGGAAAAACAGAUAGAAGAUAUGCCUGGGCCUGGGAAUUAUGAAGAUAAAACAGCUUUGGGAGAAGGUCCUCAAUAUUCGAUGUAUCAGAAGAGAGAUCAAAGAAUAGAGCAAACGCCUGGACCAGGAGAUUAUGAAUCAAAACAAGCCAAAGGAAAAGGUGUUUCAAUUGGACAAAAAUUUAAACAAAGAGAUCUAGAAGAUAUGCCAGGACCAGGAAAUUAUGAGGACAAGUCUCAUAUUCAAGAAGGACCUCAAUAUUCAAUGUAUCAAAAGAGAGAGCAAAGAAUAGAACAAACUCCAGGCCCUGGAGAUUACUAUGAGCCAGAACAUAAGACUCAAGGAGUGACAAUUGGGACUAAAUUUAAAACUAGAGAUCCAGAAGAUAUGCCUGGUCCUGGGAACUACGAAGACAAAUCUCAUAUCAAAGAUGGUCCACAAUAUUCGAUGUACCAAAGAAGGGAAAUGAGAACUGAUCAAACUCCAGGACCAGGAGAUUACGAAUAUGUUGAGAAGAAAGGAAAAUCAGUGACAAUGGGGCAAAAGUUUGCUACAAAAGAAGAAGAGGAUAUGCCUGGACCUGGUAAUUAUGAAGGCAAAUCACAUAUCCAAGAAGGCCCUCAAUACUCAAUGUACCAGAAAAGAGAACAGAGAAUAGAUCAAACUCCUGGACCUGGCGAUUAUGAAUUUAUUCAGAAGCAAAACAAAGGAGUAGUCAUGGGCCAAAAGUUUAAAAAUAAAGAGCCAGAAGAUAUGCCCGGCCCUGGAAACUACGAAGGAAAAUCACAUAUUCAGGAAGGACCCCAAUAUUCAAUGUACCAUAGAAGGGAACAGAAGGUUGAGCAAACUCCUGGUCCAGGCGAUUAUGAAGAUAUAAAAACUAAAGGUAAAGGGGUGACCAUAGGUAAAAAGUUUACUCAGAGAGAAGCUGAAGAUAUGCCUGGCCCUGGAAACUAUGAAGGCAAAUCCCACAUUCUAGAAGGACCCCAAUAUUCCAUGUAUCAAAGAAGAGACCAAAAGAUUGAGCAGACACCUGGCCCAGGAGAUUAUGAAGAUCUUCAGAAGGAAGGUAAAGGAGUUACAAUUGGUCAAAGAUUAACUGAAAAGCAAGUUGAAGAUAUGCCUGGUCCUGGCAACUACGAAGGGAAAUCGCAUAUUCAAGAAGGCCCUCAAUAUUCUAUGUAUCAUAGGAGAGAUCAGAAAAUAGAGCAGACUCCAGGACCAGGAGAUUAUGAAUAUAAGGAAAAGAAAGGUAAAGGAGUGACUAUUGGUGCCAGAAUAGCUCAAAAAGAAGCUGAAGAUAUGCCAGGACCUGGAAACUAUGAAGGAAAGACCGCCUUUGGUGAGGGUCCACAAUACUCCAUGUUUGAAAGAAGGGAUCAGAAGAUAGAAUAUACACCAGGGCCAGGUGAGUAUGAAUUUAAAGGUGCCAAGGGAAAAGGUGUCACUAUUGGAAAGAAAUUUAAAUCCAGACAGGCUGAAGAUAUGCCUGGACCUGGUAAUUAUGAAGGCAAGUCACAUAUUCAGGAGGGUCCACAAUAUUCUAUGUACACUAAAAGAGAGGCUAAAAUUAUGCAAACUCCUGGUCCAGGAGACUACGAAACUCCUAACACUAAAGGAAAAGGUGUUUCUAUUGGAAAGAAGUUCAAGAGCAAACAAGUUGAAGAUAUGCCUGGACCAGGUAAUUAUGAACAAAAGUCAAGGAUCAAUGAGGGACCUCAUUACUCAAUUUAUUCUAAAGCUCAUACCAAAAUUGAUCUAACCCCUGGGCCUGGAGAUUAUGAAGAAAAGCAAAGGUCUGGUAAGAGCGUCACAAUUGGUAAAAGAUUUACACAAAAAGAAAUUGAGGAUAUGCCUGGACCUGGCAACUAUGAGCAAACAUCAAAGAUCAAAGAAGGUCCUCAGUAUUCAAUGUAUUCCAAAAGGUCCCAAAAGAUAGAACAGACUCCUGGGCCAGGAGAAUACGAAAUGCCUAAAAAGAAAAGUAAAGGACUCACUAUAGGCAAGAAAUUCAAAGAAUCUGAGAUUGAAGAGCUUCCUGGACCAGGAAGAUAUCGUCAAAAAUCUACAAUCGCCGAAGGCCCAAGCUUCACAAUGACAUCUAGGGGUCAUAACAAGACUUUAGAUCAUACUCCAGGACCCGGUUUCUACAACACUGCUACCAGUGAUUUCGAAGGAGUCCACUUCUAUGCCAUCAGGAGAAAAGUAGUGAAGCGUCCCAAAAAGUCUGCUAGAGGUGGAAUCAGAAGUAUGAGGGACGAAAGAGACGUAAAGAAAUUUAAAAGAUCAAUCAAGAGCGCUAGAGUUCAAAUAGUCCAAUAAUGUAAUUGCUCAAUAACUUAGUGCCAA